GGGGAGGGCGAGGCGUCUCCCCAGCUCCCUGCAGAUGCCCUGCGGACGCCCUCCCCUCUCCCGAGAUGAGGACCGGCCUAGUGUCUGAGCAGUAGCAGGAAGGUGACUCAUUUUCUCUUCUUCAAAUGGCCUUAAGGAUAUUGGAUAAUUGGGGCUUAUCAUCCCACCGACAGAAUGUUGGCGGGUCCGUCGAAAGACGCAGGCAAGUUCUCCAGCGUGAAAGAUCAAUUGCAACUUCCACAGAAAAUUCCAAACAGUGAAGAAUCGGAGAAGAAAGACACACCACUGGACUUGGCCGCCGACAGGACCCUUUUUAUAGAUUUUGCAAAUCGGCAGCUCACCGCUAUUCCAUCACAGAUUUUAGAAAUGAAAGAAUUAGAAGAAGUACAUUUGGAAAAGAAUCUGAUUGAAACCAUUUCAACAGACAUUUGCCAUCUCAAAAAUGUGAAAGUUCUCUACUUGAAUGAUAACAACAUAGAGGCCCUUUGCGAAGAGCUCGGAGAACUGAGAAAUCUGCUGUGUCUGGAUCUGAGCAGCAAUCCACUUAACAGCAGUUCGCUACACGUCAUCAGCCAGUUUCGAGCCCUCCGAGAGCUCAGGCUCUAUAAGGUAAGCUUGGAUGAGUUGCCAGCUCAGAUCUGUAAAAACCUCCAUCACCUGGAGCUGCUGGGCUUGUCAUUCAAUAACCUAAGCUUCCUGCCCAAGGAAAUAGUGAAUCACACCCAGCUAAAAGAGAUCUAUCUGCAGAACAAUAAAUUUGAGAGCUUCCCCCGUGAUCUCUGUUUGCUUUUCAACUUGGAAAUCAUAGAUUUGGAACAGAACCGAAUCAACGCUAUCCCUGAAGACAUUGGAUCCCUGACCAGAUUGAUGAAAUUCUUUAUGGCUUCUAACCACUUGCUAUCAGUUCCUGACUCGGUAUCUCACUGUAAGAAAAUGACAGUGCUUGACGUUUCGUACAAUUGCCUCCGUAGCCUUCCUCAGAAUUUCCAGGAGCUUACAGAGAUGACUGAAGUUGGACUUUCGGGUAACUAUUUGGAAAAAAUGCCCCGUCAGGUUUGCAAGUGGACAUCACUUCAGCUUCUCUACAUGAACAACAACGGCUUGAGAACUUUACGUCGUUCUUUUAAAAGACUGACAAGUGUUAGGUUUUUAGAUUUAAGUCAGAAUGUUUUUGAUUGUUUUCCCGAGGAGAUCUGUGUUUUGAAAAAUCUGGAAAUAUUGUCACUGGAUGACAAUAAAAUAUGCCAGUUACCUCCAGAGGUGGCCUCUCUUUCAAAAUUGAAGAGCCUUGGUUUAACUGGAAAUGAAUUCACUGCCUUUCCAGAAGAAGUCUUACUUCUUCAAUCCCUGGAGAAAUUAUACCUUGGACAAGAUCAAGGAAUCAAACUGACAGCUCUCCCAGAAAGCAUCAAAAAACUGCAGAAUUUAAAAGAGCUGUACGUCGAGAACAAUCAUCUCGAAUACCUGCCGGCGGCCUUGGGUUCGUUGAACAACUUAGAAAUACUCGAUUGUCACAACAACCUUCUUAAACAGCUUCCAGAUGCCAUAUGUCAAGCACAAGGCUUGCAGAAAUUAUUUCUCCAAAACAAUCAGUUGUCUCAGCUUCCAGAGAACCUGGACAGUCUACAGAAGUUGAAGGUCCUCCUUUUAGGAGGCAACCCUAUGAUAGACCCUCCAAAUGAGGUCUGUCGGCAGGACAACGCAACCAUAUGGAAGUAUUUACAAGAAAAGAGAUAUAAGACCCGUAUGGCCACAAAGAUUCAGGCUUGGUGGCGUGGAUUGAUGGUGAGGAAAGGACUUGGACCUUAUGCAGACUUGCAGAAAUCAGUUAAAAAAGGAAAGAAGGGCUCUACCAAGGACAAGAAAGCAAAGAAAAAAGAGAAAGAAAAACCUGGAACAGUGUCCAAAGGCAAAAAGAACUAAUUCUACAUAAGACAAAUAAAUUACUACCUUGAGGGGAAACAGAACAAAAAGCAGUAGGCAAAACUCUUCACCACAAAGGUUAUCAUGAAUAUUCACCUGUAGUUCACCAUAUUUGGGUUUGGGUCCAUCCAAGAGGACACUUUUCCGCCUAGAUUGAGGAAUCCCCACUCUUGCCUCAGAAAUUAAAUACAUCACGUGACCAAGGAGUCAUUACAACCCUUUAAGAUAAUUGUUUCUGGCCCUAAAGUGCAAAUACUGAAUCCAGUAUAGAGGAAUUUAAGGAAAUAUCAUUUAUUGAGCCAGGUAACAGCUUAAAGAGGACGGGAAUGUGUAAUAGAGUGUGUUGAGUUUGUUACAGUCCAACUGGGAAUAAGGACCAAAUCUGUUACGAAGCAACUUCCAUGAUACUUUUCCUUGGUUCUAAAAGUGACUCAAUAAACUUUCAGAUUCAAUAAGCAAAAACAA